AUGCAUUCACCAUUAAUCACAACAGCCCUGCUGCCGCUGUUCGUCACUCCAGCCCUAUGCCAAAACUUUACCAUCUCUAAUGGCCAGGUAUUCACGCCUGGCUUUGCGGUCCUUGACUCCCCGCAGCCAGGCACGCCAAUGGGCGGCGACACGAUUGAGAUCGCUUUGGAUGUCACAGCAAAUGGCAUCCUCCCGCUCGACGUCGCCGCUGACAGCCCCAGCCGAAUAAACAACAUCACCAUAUUUAUGUACAGCUUCGACACAGGCCGCAACUUUACCGUCUCCAACGGCACGGCGUCGUCAAACAACGCCAGCUUGGGAGAAAUCAUGGCGCAGGAGCCCGGCAGCACGGUCAAGCACGUCAAAUGGACCUGGCCGGCGUGCUUGGCCGGCGACGGCAAACCGACAACUACUGACAGCGACCGGGGCAACUACAACAUCUCCAUCAGGCAGAACUUUGUCAUGAACAACACCAACUUCUACACCAUCUUCGACGUCCCCAUCGCCGUGACGAACAGCAUCCCGGACUCGAUAAGCCGGGCCCAGUGCGACGCUCUCAACAACCCGUUGCUGACGCCGGAGCAGAUCAACGCCUCGGCCGCCAACAGUGUCGGCGUCCUGUUCGCCCCCGGGGACUCGCAGGUGGUGCAGGUAAAGCUGGACAAGACGGAGAGCGGCCAGGGCCUCGGAGGUGCUGGGAUGCUGAGCUGGAGGAGCGGCGCCGAAUGGCUCUGUCUGGUCACCUUCGCCAUGGCCUUUGCUCUCUAA